UUCAUUUCUACACAUAAACUUGCCAAGACAACGAACGAUAAACACAACUGCAUUAUUGCUUUCUAACUGAAAUCUCUUUAAUUAAACGUAACUCUCUAAUGCUUUUUAAACUGGUGUUCUUCUUUUGAUUACAAAUGCAUCGCGAGAUCUUAAUGAUGCAACUAGCAGUGGUCAUCUUUUUAGCCAUGGUUCCCUUCGUGUAUUCAUCGAUUCCACCUGGUGGGUCUUCGGAAGAAACCGGGGAUUACCGUGACGAUGGAGUUCUCGUAGCGUAUUCUCAUCGUUUCAUUCGCUACAGUGCUGACUACGAAAUCAUCCUACACUCGCUACAACAGCACCACGGCGCCAAUGUGACGGCGACAUUAUCUGCAGCCGACCGGACGGUGCAUCGCCAGGAAACAAUGGUCGCUGCUGGACAACAGGGAAAGGUUAUUUUUAAGAUUGGUAGCACUCCGCUCGUACAGCCGAUCGUCCUUAAUGUGGAGGUGCAGUAUGACAACGGCAUAUCCGAGAAAAAGUCGAAAAUGCUGGAGCUGUACUCCGACGUACUGGUCCUUAUCCAGCUGGAUAAACCCAUGUACAAAGCCACAGAAAGCGUCAAAUACCGCGUGCUGAUUCUUAAUACUAAUGAGCUGACCUUAUCCUCGAAUGUGAAGAAAAUCGACGUAUACCUAAAGAAUCCCGCUGGGGACGCCAUGCAGGAACGGAAAUAUCAACAGUGGUCGGAUGACAAACAUCCUGGCUUCUUCGAAGGAUCCUUUAACCCUUUUAGUUUCGAGCCGGAAAUUGGUAACUGGACCGUGGAGGUGGUGGCCGGCAGUCAAAUACAGAGAAAAAAGCUGAUUGUUGCUGACUACUAUCUCCCGCGCUAUUCUGUGUACAUCAACGCACCAGCUUACGUCGUCAAAGGUCAACCAGAUUUCCAGUUCACCGUUUCUUUGAGAGAUCAGACCGGAAAUCCUGCGUAUGGCACAGUUAUGGUUACCGUCGACAAUUCAGCAACCGGCAAUCGAGAGCUUCAAUCGCAGGCAGCCAAAGGUCAACCUGUUCCGUUCCGCUACGAAUUCCCGCGCUCGUCUCACGGCGUAAUGUGCUCGGCAUCAAACGCCCAGUCCCGUACCAUCACCGUUAAAGUUCGCGCGGUCGAAAAGGUGACUAACCGUGAAGAAUCGGCCGAAGUAAAAAUUCCCUUCCACUGUGAUCCCUUCAAAUUGCACAUCCAAAUGAAGUACAACGCCCCCAAACCCGGCAUCGCCAUCGUUGUUAUUCAUGCCCUCAAUCAUGACGGAUCCCCGUAUCGUCACCCGCUGGCGCUGCAACAAGCAGCAAUCAGUGCCAUUGAGCGGAAUUAUGAGACGGACAUCACCACAACGACCGUACUGUCGAACGGCAAAAUGGUGGAUGUGGAGAAGGGAAUGAUUACCGUGCCGAUGCGGACGGAUUGGCACGACCAGAAUGCCUCGCCGUCGGUCAACGUGACAGUGGGCAGCGUCAGCCAAUCUAAGAGGAUCCAGAAUCGCGGGAAUACCGCCUGGCUGCGCAUCCAGCUGCUGGAGCCGCGGACGUUCCGCGCCGGCGAAACGGUCAAAUUUGUCAUGAAGUGCGAACCGGGUUGCACAAGCAUCAGUUAUGUGAUUAUUUCGCCGAAAGGUCUUCUUCUGACCGGUACCGAAGUGAUUCACCGACAAGCCAGACAAAGCCGCCCAUUAAGCGUCAUUGUUCCUCACGAUACACGAACAGGACUGAAAAUUAUUGCAUUUUCGGCCAAUAUCACUGCCGGAGAUUUGGAUUUGGUGAUCGACAGUGUGGACGUGAAGGUCACCAGUCCCCAAGAGAUCCAAAAUAUUACCAUGGAACUCCGUCCGGAAAAUCGCCGCGACUACGUACUUCCUGGACGCAAAGAAAGGGCCCAAAUAACGGUAACAGCCGCCGCAAAGUCAUUGGUCGGUUUACUGGCCGUUGACAAAAACCUUCUGCGGUUGGCUACCGGAAACGAUAUCACACACACCGAUGUGUUAUCGCAAUCAGCCAGGUUUUCCAGACCAACACAACCGGAAUUCGAAUUUGAUGACGACUACGGGUACUGUUAUAAAGACCACCUAAUGUAUUCUUGCGGCCUAACAGGCUUAAGGUCAUCCUUCGAGGAAUCUAAUGUUGUGGCAUUCGUUUUCGAAAGCGCAUUUUUUAUGAUGAACUCCCCUGGAGGAGUUGGAGUUCACUUCGACGAGAUGUCCAAGGCAACUGAAUCUGAAGUUCUUCGUCAGGAUUUUCGGGAUAGCUUUCUGUUUAUCACCAAAACUGCUGAUGCCUACGGCCAGGCUCAGUUUACCGAAUUGGUGCCGGAUUCCAUCACAACCUGGGCGGUCACGGCUUUUGCGGCACACACCCACAAACCGCUUGGAUUAACUGCUGCUCCCAGCGAGUUACGCGUCUAUCAGGAUUGGUACAUUCACGUGGAAGUGCCGAAUACCUUGCUGGAGUACGAGAAGGCCUCGAUCGACAUCACCGUUUACAAUUUCAAAGCGCAUUCCCCCGAUGCAGGCGCACUGCUCAGUAUUGAAUGCACUAAAGUGGCGGGAAACAUACGAAAUUCUACCCAGUUUCAUGUCAAAGCCAGAGAACCUGUGCAGCAAUUUUCGUACCCCGUGGGACCGUAUAAGAAAGGUGACCUGCUCGUCACGGCCUCGUUAACGCACCCGAAGCUAGGCAUGAUUGACAGAGUGCGAAAAAGCAUCCCAAUCUAUCCAGGCGGCGUGGUGGUCGUCAAAACAGCCGAGCCGGUGGCCAUCAAUGCAGGAAAUACAGUGAUUAAAGUUGAUCCUAAAGCACUGAUGCAGGAAGCGAAUAUUGUGCCGGACUCUUUGAGUGUCAGCCUAAACAUUUUCGGCGAUAUCUGGGCACCGAUACUGAAGAAGAUGUCGAUGACCGAUUUUGUCCAAGAGUUUAACGGACUCGUUCGACUGCCGCAUGGAUGCGGCGAACAAAAUAUGGCGCUGCUGAUGCCCAACGUCAUGUUAGCCAGGUACCUGAAAAUCUUCUCGGCGAAAAUGAUCCCAUCCUUUACUUUAAAGCAACUAACUGAGAACAUGGAAGAAGGCUUCAAGCGACAAUUUUACUAUCGCUUGACUGAUGGAUCUUACAACACAUUUGGGCAAAGAGACCAACCGGGCUCAACGUGGUUAACCGCGUUUGUCGUCCGUGGCUUGUCCAUGGCCAAAGAAUUCAUAGCCAUCGACGACAGCCAGAUCGAGAAAUCCGUGAAAUUCCUGGAUUCAAAACAGAAUCCAGAUGGUUCAUUUCGCGAAGAUGGGUACAUCUUGGAUUCGGGAUUAUUGGGAGGUUCUGGCACCGGUCCAGCUUUAACUGCCUUCGUAACGUUGGCUUACAGUCAAAACCACUACAUCAACCAUCCAGCCAUGCGCAAGGCUAAAUUCUAUCUGGAAGGCGUACUACCAAAGGUCACUGACUCGUAUUCACUGGCCAUCACCUGUUUUGCGCUGAGCCAACUGGAGAGUCAGGUGCAAGGCCUGUGCACGGCGAUGCUAGACAACUGGGCGAUCACCGAUCAGCCGGAUAAGCGGUACUGGUUGGCUGCGCGCAAAUACGAUCAUGUCGGAAACCGUUUUACAGCACGGGAUGUGGAGACGACAGCAUACGCCCUGCUGGCUUUAAUACACUUGCAUGAACACAGCGAGCACGAUGUGGAUGAUCUUCGCAUUGUGAACUGGCUGUUGGCCCAACGAAACGCUAAUGGCGGAUUUAUAUCGACUCAAGACACAGUGGUGGCCCUUAACGCUCUGAACGACGUCUCGGUGGGCACACGUAACAGUAAGCAAAUGUCAGGACGGAUUUUCGCCGGCAAGGUUUCCCUGGGGAACUUUACUGUGCCGCAACAUUCACUGCGUAUAAAAAACAUCGCCAUUCCAUCCGGUCAAGACGUGAUCACGGUAGUCGCUAAUGGAGGAGGCCGUCUUCGUGGCCAGUUGGAAUACAAGUACCGCACCAUACCACCGCGCUCGCACCCAGCGACAGCCAGGCCUGCAAAGAUGUCAUCAAACGGGGGAAACCCAGCGGAAUCUGAAAUUGAGCUCAAGGUCAGAUUAAGACGUAUUGGCAGCAACAACGACCGGCUAUCUUUGAGUAUCUGCCCCAAGUACUCCGGCAGAGUGGAAAGCGGCAUGGUGGUAAUCGAAGCUACAGCCCUGACCGGUUACCAAUUUGAUGCAGGAAAUGCCAAAACCUUAGAGAAAGAUAAGCGCUUGGGAGUCGACAAAGCCGACUGUGUGGAUAAUAAAGCCAGAAUGGAAAUAUACUUGAGAGAGAUUCUGCAAGAUGAGCCGUGCAUCGACUUGGAUCUCUACAAAUAUCUGACAGUAGAAAACGUCGCUCCCCGAUCAGUAAAGGUGUACCGCUACUACGAACCCAGUGUCAGCCAAGCCAUAGAGUACUCUCUCGCCGAUUUAGCGGGCUAAUCGAUUUCUUGGGGAUUGCUGGCCAUGUUCUUAUACUGUGAAUGUUCGCUUAAUGCGCUUAAAAACUUACGUUUAUUUCUUUUUAUUUAUUUAUGCUGAUUGGAUCCUUCUUUGGGUUUUAGCAAACGCCGUGAUAAGGGUACCAAACUACUUAAAGUGGCCACUUUUUUAAUAAAUACGCUAUUGCUUUUG